GGAGGCAUCAGAAACGGAUAGUUUGAACAGAAAAAACACUUGAAAAACAAUUACAAAUCAACCACAGAAGAUGGAACGCUGGCAGGAUCGUGUGGCUGUGGUAACCGGAGCCAGCUCUGGCAUUGGUGCCGCUCUCGCCCGGCAGCUGGUCAAUGCCGGUGUGAUGGUAGUGGGUCUGGCCAGGCGUGUGGAUCGCAUGGAGGCCAUCAAGGAGCAGCUGCCGGCAGAGUUACAAUCUCGGUUUCAUUGCAUCCACUGUGAUGUGGGGGACUUGGAUUCAAUAACCGCCGCCUUUGAUUGGAUUGAGGAGCAGCUAGGUGGCUGUGACAUCUUGGUGAACAAUGCCGGCUGUCUGUUUCCCGGCCAGCUGCUCACCCUAGAGCUGGAGCAACUGCAGCAGACGUUGAAUGUGAAUCUAAUGGGUGUACUUCAUUGCACUCGGCGUGCCUAUCGCUCGAUGAAACAGCGGGAGGUGGCCGGUCAUGUGGUGCUCAUCAAUAGCCUGACGGGGGAUACGAUUAUCAAUCCUCCAGGGGAUGAACUGCAGUGCCUCAAUAUGUAUCCUCUGACCAAGCAUGGAAUAAAGGCUAUGCUGGAGGUACUGCGUCAGGAGUUUAGAGGCUUCAAGACGCAGAUUAAGGUCACGAGCAUCAGUCCUGGUGUCACCGAUACGGAGAUCCUGCCGGGUGGCUUUGAUAGCCUGCCUAUGCUCAAGCCUGAUGACAUAGCCGCUGGCAUUAUGUAUGCGUUGGCCACGCCCCCGCAUGUCCAGGUGCAUCAGCUGACCAUCAAGCCGCUGGGUGAACCCUUUUAAGGCGUCCACGGGUAUCCUUUAGAUCCUAGGAUCCUUGUCUUCAGCGAAUAUAUAGCAAUGACUGUAA